AUGAAUAAACUCUUGGUUCUCUCCUGCACUCUUAUCUUAGUCAGCAGUGAAGUAGUUGUACUAACAGACGACAACAGUCACAUCAUCCAAGAUGGAGACUGGUUUAUCAAGGCGUACGCACCAUGGUGUGGCGCAUGCAAGUCCAUCGCGCAAUCCUGGAUCCAACUAGGAGCUUGGGCUGAAGACAAGGAAUACAACAUAGCCGAGAUAGACAUCACUGUGGGUUAUAGUCUUAGUAACCAACUUCUUGUCACUAGAAUACCCACGUUGUUCCAUGUUAAGGAUGGAGUUUUCAGAACCUAUCAAGGUGCCAGGAAGAUUAAUGUGUGGAAGAAGUUCUUGGAAGAGGGUGAGUGUCAUAGUUUGGAGCCUAUGAGUUGGUACAGACGACCUGGAUCUGUUACAAUGCAGAUGUUUGGAUAUCUUGUAUCCUUUGCUAUCAAGGUCAAUGACAUGCACGAUUACCUCACCAAACAAGCGAAUGUACCAGUGGUUGCCUCAAUCAUUAUCCUUAUAGCUAUUCCAAUUGUGGCGAUGAUAGCUCUGUUUUUAGUGACAGUUUGGGGUAUUCACUCAGUGUUUGGUAAACCAAAGCAAGCGCACACGAUAGGACUGCAGCGCUCGCAGCCACGUCCUGUCAGUCAGGAGGAGGAAGAGGAAGACAAGAAGGUUCAGUGA